UAAAAAUGCAACAAGUGUUUAAGAAAAUUGGUACUCACAAUGGUGCUUUUCAUGUUGAUGAAGUUCUAGCAUGCGCCAUGCUGACCAAAUAUACCAAUGAAUUUAAGAAUGGAAUAAUAACCAGAUCAAGAGAUCCAGAAGUUUGGGCUUAGUAGGACAUUUUGGUAGAUGUGGGAGGAGUUUACGACCCAUAAACUCAUCGUUAUGACCAUCAUUAAAAGGAGUUCUAAUAGUCAUUUUCGAAGGAUUUUAAUAUUCGUUUAAGCAGUGCUGGUUUGAUAUACAAGCAUUUUGGAUUAGAGAUCAUACAAAAUGUAAUUGCUCAUAUCAAUGCCACAGUCGAAACGACCAUUGAGAUUGUAAAUUAUUUAUCAUUAAUAAUUUAAGGAAAAAGUUGAUGAAAAGACUCUCAACUUAAUCUAUAUAAAGUUAUAUAAGAAUUUCAUUUAAAGUAUUGAUGCCAUCGAUAAUGGAAUCAAUCAAUAUCCAAAUUAAGAACAGUUAAAGUACUAAAUCAAUACUCAUUUGUCAGCUGUCAUCAAUAGAUUUAAUCCUAUUUGGUGUGAAAAAAAUCAAGAUGAAAAUGCUAAAUUUCAUUAAGCUGUUGAAUUUGUUACUACUGAACUUAUUUCAUAAGUGAAGUCAAUCUAUUUGUAAGAAUUAAUUUGAUUUUUCAUAGAGGAUGGUACCCUGGCAGAUGUUAUGUUGUUUAAGCCUUUGAUUCCAGAUUCGAAUAGGAUUAAUCAGGUUAAAUCAUAAAAUUGCCAUUGGCUUUGCCCUGGAAAAGUCAUGUCUUCGACAUAGAACAAGAAAGAGGAACUGUAGGAUUAAUUAAGUUUGUUUUAUAUCCUGAUAGAAAUGAAGGAUGGAGAGUGCAAGCUGUUUCAGCUAACGAGGAUAGUUUUGAAAAUAGAAAAUCUUUGAAAAGUGAAUGGAGAGGAGUGAAAGACAUUGAGUAAUUGAGAGCAAUAUCUGGUAUUAACGACAUUGUAUUUGUUCAUGCAAGUGGAUUCAUAGGAGGUGCUAAAUCUUAUGAAAAUACAUUGAAAAUGGCCAAAAUAAGUUUAGAAUGAUAUUCAUAUUAAAAGUAAAUCAGUCAAUCUAAAUUGAUCAGAG